AUGGUAACCAUAGCAAUGUAUAACACUGCCAAGCAUACUAGAUUUUGGAAUUUUAGAUUCGCCCCGAGAGGUGAUAACAUUUUAUGGAAAAAUGACAUAGGGGAUGAUGCCACUGCGCUCCCCCGCGUUCCUCAACAUAUAAAAACAACUGUAUCGUUAAUUACUUUAAGUAUAGAGAUAAUCAACAGCAUUCGUCAAGUUAUUCUUUGGAUACAGUGGACAUUUGGAGAAACAACGAAAGCAACUAAAGUCUGAUGAUUGCCAAGGUUGUGUGCUGUGUGUUGGGCUUGGCCCUGGUGGCCUAUGGUGCUCCCAAUCCAGACCCUGAAGCAAGCCCAGGUGGUUAUGGCCACGGUGGCCACCAUGGACGUGGUGGAGGGCAUUACAGGGGCUCAUAUCCUGGCCACUGUGGCAAGCCAGAUGGUAUAUAUUACAAUGGCCCAUACAGUUUCACUCAUUGCUCCCACGGGUAUGCAUACGUACAGAAAUGUGCCCCGGGGACCAAGAACUACGGUAACGCACAUUACACGUAUGGCAGCUACUACAAAUAUGGCGACUUCUGCGGCGUGAACCUUGUGCGCCACUACGGCCAUGGUCACCAUGGCCACCACGGUCAUGGGCACGGUCACGGCCACGGCGGAUAUGGACACGGCGGGCACGGUGGACACGGUCACCAUGGAGGCCACCACGGAGGUCAUGGCCACGGUGGUUAUGGAGGUCAUGGUCAUGGAGGUCACCAUGGAGGACAUCAUGGAGGUCAUCAUGGAGGUCAUGGUGGAUUCGGUCAUUACGGAUAAGGCAGGUCUCAAUGGUUCGUCUCAUCAAAUCUCAUGAAGAAACUGCAGUAUACACUUGAAGUGAACAUCACCACAUUUUGAAUACAAUCGUAAAAUUGACAUAAGGACGAAGGAAAUACAAUAGAGACAUAGAAAAAGAUUGCUUAUUCAAAAGAUUUGUUAAAUCAGGCCACAUCAUGUGCCGUAUUAACGGAAACUGAUAUUUCAAGAAAACUUUAUCCAUGUACUUUGUGUCAUUGAUAAAGGUCCCCUGUGACUGGCUUUGCUCCACUUUUGAAUGAUGAAAAUAGACCUACAUUAAGGCCACCAUGUAUUGAAAACGGAGCAGUUAUUCAUGCAGCUCACUUUUUGGCCAUAUCACCUAGUUACAUAUGUAACUACGAACCUCUAUUUGCUUUUGUUGAAUUCAUCUUGAAAUCAUUACUUUAUCUUUUAUAAUAUUUGUUAUACGUUUCUUCUUGAAUAAAUAAACUUAUGAUGUACUUCACUAUGAAUUGUUAUCAU